AUGGUUGCAACAUGCAUCAAUUGCACAGUCUUCGGUUUAGUGGUGGGCUAAAGACGUAAUCCCUGUGUCUAUAUAAUAUAAUUAGCCCUACUGGUUAUGCGUAUUGCCUCGCUGCUGUCAAGCCUUUCCGCGUGCGUCGGUAACAGAACCCCGCUUUGGUUUGCGGCUCUUCCGCUUUCAUUGCUUGCGAUUACAUUUGAUGCAUCUGGAUGGGCUGCAGCUCUAGCAACGCUGCCAAGUCGACGGCACUGCCUACCGCCGCCGGCAAUGGUAGUGGCAGACUGACAGCCGGCGCGCCGGGCGCUAGCAGCAGCGGCACGCCCCCAGCCAAUGCCGUCCUUCCCUACUACACCCUAGCCUCGCUCGGCGGUCGGCAGGUGUUUGGCCCCUUUAUCAAACUGGUCUCCUACGAUGCGGAUUCCGGCGAGUACCAGCUGACGGCGCUGGUGGUCUGUAGCAGCGCAGCUCAGUCCUCCAUCCUAGGCGGCAGCGUGCCGCCACAGCUGGUGUGGGGCGAGGUGCCCGGCAGUGGCGCGGGCGAGGCUUGGAAGCACACGUACACCGCGGGGGCUGCGGGCGACUAUGCUGUGCCGGCUGGAGCCACCAACACGGAGGAGGCGUUUGCCGUGGCAGGCAGCGCAGUGGGCGAGCGGCUGGCGGUGUGGCGCGACUGGCAGUUCUGGCGCUUCAAGCUCAAUACCACCUGCGGUGCGGAUCCAAAGCAGCUCAAGUACAAGGUGGACCUAGUGCCCGGCCGUGCCUUCACCGUGUCAGUGCCGGCGCUGAGUGAGGCCUGGCACGCCGCCUUCUACUCCUGCAACGGCCUCCACAACCCACAGGACUACGGCCGCACACACGGCAUCCAGCCGCUGUGGGUCGACCUCAUGCGCCAGCAUUCGUACAGGCCCUAUCACGUGUUACUGGGAGGCGGCGACCAGCUGUACAACGACGGCUUGUUUGAGGGGCCCCUGCUCAAGGGCUGGGACCAGGCGCAGGACGACUCCGAGUCCGCAGCACUGGCGGCACAGCCCUUCACGGAAGCCUUGCGGGCGGAGAUGGAGGAGUACUAUUUCUCACACUACGCCUCGCACUUUGGGACGCAGCCGAUUUACACGGAUGUGCUCGCCACCAUCCCCUCCGUCAAUACCUGGGACGACCACGACAUCGUGGACGGCUGGGGCAGCUACCCGCCCCUCAUCCAGAACGCGCCCAUCAUGCAGGGCCUGUUCGCAGCCUCCAAAUACUUCUACCUCCUCUUCCAGCACCACACGACGCAGGAGCGGCUGGCCGCUGACGGCUACUGGUGCGACUCAAGCAGCCAGCUGGUGCAGCUGGGCGCCUCCACCGCACUGGUGGUGCCGGACCAGCGCACCUUCCGGACACAGCACAACUGCCUGCCGCCCGGUUACCUGGAGCGGCUGGGGUCGGAGCUGCGGUCGCUGCCCGCCUCCACCCGUCACGUGGUCGUGAUGCUGGCGGGACCCAUCCUGUACCCGUCGCUGCCGGUGCAGGCGACGCUGCAGAAGCUGGAUAACGUGGCCACCGGCUCCGACUUGUUGUCGGUGGUUAUGCAGAAGACCGGGCUGGCGUCAAAGAUCACCAAGCGCUUUGGCAUGGUCUUCAUUCUUGAUGAUAUCAUCGACCAAUGGAGUGCGAGCCAGCACGUGGGCGAGAAAGCUGCCCUGCUGCGGCUGCUGGUGUCUGUGGCGGACGAGAAGCAGAUGCGCUUCUCGGUGCUGUCGGGCGACGUGCACUGCGCCGGCUACGGCAUGUUCCACAGCCGCCCCGCCGACGUGAAGCCGGACGACGCCGAGGAAGUGCCGCUGCCGCCCGCCGACACACGCAUUGCCGACGCCGGCUUCAUUCCCCAGAUUAUCAGCUCGGCCAUUGCCAACAUCCCGCCGCCGGGGCCACUGCUCAAGUCGCUGUGCGUGUGUGGGCGCAAGCCGGAGGCCGUGCCUCACUAUCAGGAGCUGGUCCAGCGCAUGUUCCCGCUGUUCGGCCCGGCCAACGACGUGGACAGUCUUUUGUUGGGGCGCCGCAACUGGUGCGAUGUGGUGUGCGGCGCCUCGGGCGGCUCACUGGACUUCACACUGCGGGCGGAGUGCGAGAUGGGCGGCGAGGAGGUCAACGUCUUCACUAUUCGCGUGCCGCCCCUGCUGCGGUUCUGGCAGCAGCAGUAGUGAGCGCUCGUGCAGGGCCGCACAUGCGUGCGUGCGAUGAACUGUUGCGCCCGGGCGUCCAUCCGGAUUUAACUUCAUACACUCGCCACACCGCCGCACCAGUUCCAUAUCAUGCUGUUGGUGUACGCCGGUGAUAAACUCAACCAGAUCAUCUGUCCCAGAAGAAGAGGGGAUCGGCGGGUCGCCUCCGCCUCGAAGCAACCCCGUUGGCGCCUUAGCGUUAGACUGCGUGCGGGUUUAAGUGUCUUAUUACCGUGUGAGUGAGUUCAGUAUGGGUGCGCAUGCAUGUGGGUGUUUGUGUGUGGGCUCAAUGUGCAUGUGGAUGCGACGUGAUUGCCUACGCCUCUUGCGCGAGCUGCACCAACCGUAUCUAUCUUCAUCUGGUCACUGGCGGUGCUGAAAUGGCACCUUGGCCACCUUGCUGGGUAUAAUAGCGUAUCGCGUUCGUCCUGUUUCCCAUGGCAAUGGGCGUUGGGGGGCCGUGGGCUCAGCCCACUUGCUAGGGAAAACCACGGCCACAAGUGGUGACACGGCCACGGCAAUUUUUAGGCUGAGCCCCCCGAGCGCAGCGAUUCGUUCAUCCGGUUCGUUCGUCCGAACUCAAUACUGGCGCAAACCGCAAGUGGCACACAAUAGUAUUCGGGUAAGGACUACUGAUUGCCAAUUGAAAUGAACGUACGUCAAACGUAAUUCUCUGUUGGGGAUGCAUGUGGGGUGUUGAUGGAUGAGGGCUGGUGCAGGCACAGGCCUGCAAUUGUGUUUACAGCAGGCAGCGCACCUGUGGUGUGCGCGAACAGAUGAGCGCGGUAAGGAUUCGGGAUGAGCCCGGCACUUGGUUGCUGCGGUAGGUUAGGUCGGGACUCAGGAGGGAUGUGCAGCAGCAGAGCUCAUGCGCUGGGCCUAAUUGGAGUGUGUGUAAGGGGGCCGGCUGCUUGCGGCUGCUCUGGCACAGCACACUGGCAUGCAAGUGCAUGGGCGUGAUGUUUUCGGGCAUAGCUCUUGCAGCACAGCGCAAGCCACGCACCGUCAGGGAUACGGUAGUCGUGAAGUGAUCAAGCAUAGGACGCAGGGACGGUCUGUGGAGACGCAUUAUUACAGCGUCGUGCGCGCCUGUCAUACAUGCAGCUUGGCGUGGCUAGCCAUACGUGUCACACACUAUUGUCCAGGAAGGUUCGAGUGACUAGUAACGUUUUCAUGCGUGCAAUCACUGCCGUCA